UUAAAAAAAUUAUGAGCUCUUAGUUUUAAAUACAUUUGGUGUAUUUCAGUUCAUUGUAGUUACUAUCUUAAUGUUUGUAUAGUCUAUAGGUAGGUUGAAUAAUGAUCCCCCAAGAUGUUCAUGUCUGGAAACUGAAUAUUACAUUAUAUGGCAAAAGGGAUUUAAUAGAUAGAUCUUGGGGAGAUUACCCUGGAUUAUCCAAAUGGUUCUAGUGUAGUCACAGGGUUCUUAUAAGAAGGAAGCAGGAGGUCAGAGGAGGUGAUGUGAAGAUGGAAGCAGGGAUGGGAGUGCUAAACUUUGAAGAUGGAGGAAUACAUGGGUUCAGCUCUCCAAUGAGAAAGUAAGGAAAUAGGCUGUUCCGCCAGAGUCUCCAGAAGGAACCAACUCUGCUGACACCUUGAUCUUGGUCCAGUGAAACUGAUUUCAGACUUUUGACCCCCCAGAACUGUAAGAGAAUACGUUUGUGUGAUUUUAAGCCACCAAGUCAGUAGUUAGUCAUUACAGCAGCAGUAGGAACCCCAUCUUUGGUCAGUGGGGUCUGUCUUCAUAUUGGUUAUCUAAUAUGCUAAGAUGUUCCGAGCUCCAUCUUGUACAUUUCCUGCCCUAUAUCUGGAAUCAGCAAUCUCUUCAGAGUCUUUGUUCCUUUUAGUGGGAAAUGGUAUUUUUGAGACCAGUAGGGGCAUUCAUAGUUUUUUUUUCUUCUUUUUUCCCCCCACUUUUUUUUUUAAUGUAGUAAAAAAUAAAAUAAAAAAUUCACCAUCUUAACCAAUUUAAAGCACAAGUUUAGUAAUGUUAACUAUAGUUACACUGAUGUGCAACAUACCUCUAGAACUUCUUAUCUUCCAAUCCUGAAGCUCAGUAUCCAUUAACAACUUCCAUUUCCCAUCUUCCCUCAGAUUUUUGCCUUUCUAAAAAUGAGAAAGUAGCAUAGUUCUUUAGUGGAAACUUUUACCAGCAUAUGAUUAUUUUCCUCUGAACCUGUAGUCUUUUAGGCCCUGACUCCAUACUAUUUUUAUUUUUGGCUACUAAUCCCAAACUAUGUCCUACAAAGGAUUUUAUGUAGCGAAGUAUCUAAACAAUGAGCUAUUUUUAUAGAACAGUGAGAAUUUUGAAAUACAUGCUACAUCAAAAUAAUGACCAUUUCAUCAUCAGGGCCCAAAAUAUUCCCUGGAGCUGUACUUUGCUUAAGUAAGUGCAUUCUAAAGCCUGCUGUGGUCCCCACCCAAAGUGCAGAACUAUAGCUAAUAUCCCAUGUCUGCAGUCUCAUCUAGUCUGGCUCAGCCUUGUGGCAGUACCUGUUGUAGAACAGAAAUAAUUUGCAUCAGACUAUUCAGUUCAGAUCUAUAGGUCCAGUUCUUUGGGCCAUGAGAAAUUGUGGUACCAAAAAUUGUAUAAAAAAAAAAAUUGUAAAAAAAUAAUAGCAACACAGAUGGAAAAGGAGUGGCUGUCUCUUGGGAUUCCAAAGGAGACCUACAGACUGCUUUUGUUACUAUUGACCAGGAAGUACUUUGUUUUGUUUUGUAAGCUCUGUGUUCUCAUUUGCAUUACGUGUUCUCAAAGAGUAUAUUCUAAAUCAUUUUCCUUUCUCCCCUUGCCGGAAGUGCUCGAAUAUUAAACACAUACACUCAAAAGAGGAAACUCAGGAACUCAGAAAUCAUGUGACCGGUGACUAAGUUAAACCUUUUCUGCUUACUGAAAGGAAAGAGUCCGAUGAUUAGUUGCUGAUCCCCCUUGUAUUUGUAAAGUUUUGGAGAUACUGAAUCAUGUUCUCAUUUAUGCUUUUUUCCACUCUGUUUUCUUCCAUAUUCGCUGAACCUGGGGAGCAACGCUGGGUCUGCAACUCCUCUGAUAUCUCUGUUUGGUAUACCUAUUGUGAUGACAUGAAAGCCCCUAUUUCAAUAGAGGUGAAACCUUGUAUAACACUGAAGGGAAGCAAGGGAUAUUUGCAUCUUUCCUACAUUCCAAGAAGAGAUAUUAAAAAACUAUAUUUCAAUAUCUAUUUAUCUUUCAACUCCAUGGAUUUUCCAAUGCGCAAAGAAGUUGUUUGCAGAGGAUCUGAUGAUCUUUAUUCUUUCUGCAGAGCUCUGAAGGGAGAGACUGUGAAUACAGCGGUAUCCUUCUCCUUCAGGGGACUACGAUUUUCUAAGGGACGAUAUAGAUGUGUUGCAGAAGCCAUCUCUGGAGAUCCUGAAGAAAUGCUCUUUUGUUUGAAUUUUACCAUCAUACACCACCCUGAUUUCAAUUAGAAUAAAUAAAGUGUAUUUUUAUUUUUCAGA